CUUUUGCAUAUAUGUAGAAUACUACGUCUUAUGUGUCAAGAUUUCAAGUUCACUAAGAUCUGUUCAACAUGCGAUUUAUCACUUGUAUGUUUGUCUAUCGUCCUGCGUCUCGCUCCCGUAGGGCGACCCACCUCGCGCCUAAACAUGCCGAUUGGAGGGCGCGCUUCUGACCUCAUCGUCAACUUUCUUCCCAACUCAUAACCAUCAAUCAGCACACAUCCACCACCACUCCCAAUUUAAUUUCCGUCGCGCAUUCCGCCCGCCAUGAAUUUGAUUGCCUACAGCGACUCAGAGGGCUCCGACGAUGAAGGUACCUCAAUCCCACAGCCCGCUGCGAAGCCCGCCGCCUCGAAACCGGCCUUCCAAAAAGUGGUUGACCGCUCCAACCCCGGCAAGAUCAAGCUCAACCUCCCCGGUACAUCGCAACCGCAACCCGAGAAAGAUCAUCUGGAUUCUGAAGCGCCUCCAGCAAAACGAGCACGGUUGGGCGCUGGGAGUGGGGCCUUCAGUGGGUUCAAUGCAAUGCUACCGGCACCUAAGAAACCCAAACUGGAUGCUGGCGCAGGCGCAUCAUCAUCGUCGUUAUCUGGCAAGAGAGGAGCUGGGAAAGGGUUGGGCGCUGGUGUAAAUCUGAGGACAGGAGCAGAACCGGCCUUCAGACGCGAACCGCGCGUCGACAUGGACGAGUAUGACGAGAAUGGGAAUCCGAUAAAGAAAGAGCCGAUGAACAAGGAAGAGUUUCGCGCUAUGCUCAACCUGCCCACCCCAAAGUCGGAGAAGAAGGCUUCGCAAGGUAGUGUCGCCCCAGCCGCAUCCCUGGGAAACGCUUCUACAGGCCCGUCAGCAGAUGCCAAAGCCCGGCCAUCGCCUACGCCCGAAACCAAACCCAUCGCCGCCAGACCAAAAUUCAUGCCCAUGUCUGUCGCUCGUGGAAAGAAAAAGCCCGCUGCAAAACCAGCAGCCCCUUCAUCAGAAGGAACUGAUAAAUCCAGCUCGGUUCUCUCUGCACCAUCAUCAACAUCCACCCCGCAGGGUCAGACGACGACCGCAGCCUCAAACCCCACGGCGAAACCCAAAGUCUCACUCUUUUCCAUAUCCUCUCACCAAGACCAAGCGCCGAAAAUCUCAAACGAUACAACGCCUUACCAACCCCUCCUCUACGGCGCAAGACCAGACAACGAAGAAGAAGAAGAAGAAGACCAACAAGAUGCCUCUUUCACAGACUCAGCAUUCACCACCACCUCCCAACCCCAAUCCCAACCUACAAACCCCCCACCGAAUUCCCUCACAUCCAUCGCCAGCGAACUUAACCUCUCCGCCUCAGAGCGACGCCAACUCUUCGGCCGCCAUCCCUCCGCCGACCCCUCAUCUACCUCGCGGCUCGUCGAAUUCAACACUGACACCGAGUACGCGCACAACGAGCAUCUGCGCCAACAGGGCGAGACGGUGCAGCAGAAUGUGCUUAAACCCAUCUCUGGCACGGGGAAGAAUAGCUUGAAGAGUUUGGUGAAUGUGGCUAGUACGCAGAAGGAUGCGUUGGAGGAUCAUUUUGCGGAGGGGAGACGGAAUAAGAGAGAGGCGGGGGGUCAGUAUGGGUGGUGA